AUGUCUGACAGCGCAUACCUCUCGAAUACCGCCAACCUUCAAAAAUACCUCAAGCUCGACCAAGGCGGCAAGGUCAUUGCUGAGUACAUCUGGAUCGAUGCCUCCAACGGUGUCCGCUCAAAGUGCAAGACCCUCGAUGCGAAGCCAAAGGACGUGAGCGAACUGCCAGAAUGGAACUUUGACGGCUCCUCCACUGGCCAGGCGCCAGGUGACAACUCAGAUGUCUACCUCCGCCCAGUGGCAUUCUACCCGGAUCCAUUCAGACUCGGUGACAACAUCCUCGUCAUGUGCGCGACGUACAUGUCGGACGGCAAGCCAAACGCAUACAACUUCCGCCACGAUGCCGCAGUAGUGAUGAAGGAGCACGCAAAGCACGAGUUCUGGUUCGGCCUGGAGCAAGAGUACACCCUCCUCGACCACACUGGCUGGCCAUACGGAUGGCCUCGCAACGGUUUCCCAGCCCCACAAGGACCAUACUACUGCGGUGUUGGUGCUGGCAAGGUCUUCUGCAGAGACAUCGUUGAGGCGCAUUACAAGGCUUGCAUGUACGCUGGCAUCAACAUCUCCGGUACCAACGCUGAGGUCAUGCCCGCUCAGUGGGAAUACCAAGUUGGUCCAUGCGAGGGUAUUACCCUCGGUGACGAGCUUUGGAUGUCCCGCUUCCUGCUUCACCGCGUCGCUGAGGAGUUCGGCGCCAAGAUCACAUUUGCGCCUAAGCCAAUCCCCGGUGACUGGAACGGUGCCGGUCUUCACACCAACGUCUCCACCAAGGAGAUGCGUGAGGACGGCGGCAUGAAGCACAUCGAGGCGGCCAUGGAGAAGCUCGCGGCUCGCCACAAGGAGCACAUGAAGAUCUACGGCGAGGGCAACGAGUCCCGCAUGACUGGUGCACACGAGACCGCUUCAUACGACAAGUUCACCUGGGGCAUUGCCAACCGUGGCUCAUCUGUCCGUGUCAACCGUGCUUGCGCAGAGGAGGGUAAGGGCUACUUCGAGGACCGCCGACCAGCUUCCAACGCCGACCCAUACCAAGUCACUGGCAUGAUUGUCGAGUCGAUAUGUGGCAAGGUCAAGGGCGCGGAUGUCUUCAGCGCGGCUCAGGCCGAGCAGCAAGAGCUCGAGAUGGUGGUCCCUGUGGCCAAACCAUAA